AUGGGGUCUGUGGCAGCCACCCGCAGCCUGGGUCUGUUUCUCUUUUUGUUUUUACUGGACUCUUUCACCUCUCAGGAUCGGACAGUCGCACAGUUGUCGGACACGCAGAUGUCUUCCAAUACUGGCCUCGGGGCAAAGGAGCCCUCUCAGAUCGUCGCCCAGCACAAUAGACUGCGCAGCCGGGUCAGACCGAUGGCGGCUAACAUGCAAAAAAUGGAAUGGAAUCAGCGACUGGCAAUACUUGCAAAGGAACAAGCAGGAUUGUGUCGGACAGACCCCUCCCUGCGUGGAACCCCGUCUUUCAGUCACGUCGGCUGGAACACACAUCUUUCUGCUCAUGGUGUCAGCUCGUUUAGUGACAUCAUCGAUGCCUGGUUUAAGGAGGGAGAGGACUUUCUCUACUUGAAUGGUCGGUGUAGAGAGAAUGCAACUUGUCAGCACUACACACAGCUGGUUUGGGCCACUUCAAGUCAAGUGGGCUGUGCCAGUCAGCUGUGUCCAAAAGAUGGAAGGCUCUGGGAAAUGUUUGUGUGCGCAUAUUACCCCGGGGGUAAUUGGGAGGUAAAUGGUGGGCUGGUGCCCCCCUACCAGUCGGGGCUGUACUGCUCCCUCUGCACCGCUUUGAUGUCUGGCUGUUUCAGACUGUGGAAUCAUGUAGGUGGACUGUGCGAGAUCCCCAAGAACCCAUGCCGUAUCAACUGUGGUCAACAUGGCCGACUUAAUGUUUCAUCCUGCAAAUGCCAGUGUGACCAGGACUUCACUGGACAUUUCUGUCAGGUUCGAUGCAGUAUGCAGUGCAUCCACGGUCGUUUCAAAGAAGAAGAAUGCUCCUGCUUAUGUGAUGUUGGCUACAGCGGUGCUGAGUGUGCAGAGAAAGUGCAGUUUCCCUAUCAUAUCUGUGCUGUGAUGAUAGAUGGAACUUGCUUCACGGUGUCUUCAGAGGCUGACACCUACUAUGGAGCCAAAACUCUGUGUCAGGAACUUGGGGGAAAUCUUGCUCACAUCCACAACCAGAAGAUUCAAGACAUCCUGGCUUUUUAUUUGAGCGAGCUUGGGGCAAGCAAUGAAAUAACUAACACACAUGCUGAAACAGAAAAUUUCUGGAUAGGUCUGACAUACAAGCCUCCAACAGACUCCUUUCGUUGGGACACAGGAGAGAACCUUCAAUUCAGCAGCUUUGCUUUUGGCCAGCCUGAUAACCAGAGAUUUGGAAACUGUGUAGAACUGCAGGCACAAAGUGCUUUCAACUGGAAUGACCAGCGCUGCAAAACCAGGAACCGUUACAUUUGCCAACACAAUGCUGAGCUCAUUGCACUGUGGAAAGAUGUUAGGUGACCUGGAAUUCUAAAGGGGCUGAAAUUGAUGUGCUGGCCCUCACAUUAACUCAUCAGAUGUAACAGUGGCCACUGUUGUUAGUUUUUGUUGGUGUUGGUUUGUGUGUCCUCAUUUUUCACUGUUUAUAGACCAACAUGGUUUAGACAUAUUGUAUAUGCUGUUCAAGUUAGUAUUUUUACUCAUUAAAUAGUUGUAUUCUUAAUUCAAACUCUGGCUGUUUAUUCUUUGAUAGAAUUUGACAUUUUAUGGCAUAAAAUCUAAAGCAUGAAAAAUAAAAAUGA